UCUGAUAGGGUAAAGACGAUCAAUCUGUACUUCCGCUGCAACCCAAACAGCUGCACCGAUGUUUUUAUAGUCAAAAUCAUCCGAUCUGUGUUGUCCUCUGCUGCUUAAACCAUGUCUGCAUCCGGAUUUGUUCUCGUGAUCCUCGCGGUGUCUCUGUGGCCCGGAGACUCCAGGUUUAUUACUGACCCUUUGUCAUUCAUAAAGCAGAAAUCUCUGCAGACGUUGGAUAUCUGUCCAGAAUGCAGCCAGAUCAUCCAGCUGUCGGCCAACAUGAUUUCCAGCAGCGAUACCAAGGGAGUCGUAUAUGAAAGCUUGCACGCUUUGUGCCGCCGCCUCCCUGAAGAGCAGGUGUCAGAGUGUGAUUUACAGGUGAAGACUUACCUGCCCAAAAUCCUGCAUCAAACCCCUGAUCACGUGAAACCAGGAGAGCUUUGUGCAGCUUUUGGACUUUGUGCUCCUCACGAGAAAGAGAAAGUGCAGAAACUCUCCCACCGUGUAGCUGGCACAGAUACAUCCAGCCACGCACUGGCCGCAGGAACAAAGACAGAUGAGGAGCUUAACCCAGUUUGCACCCUGUGUUUGUUUAUCAUCAAGAAGCUGGAGAGUUUGCUGCCCAAAAAUAUGACUGAGGAUGCUAUAAAGAAGGUCAUGGGAGAGGUCUGCAAUCUUAUACCUAAGCACUAUAAGGACCAGUGUGAUGAUUUCAUCAAUAAAUAUGGCGUCGAGAUUGUCGAAUUCCUUUUGUCUUCUGCUGCACCUCACACGAUAUGCACUCUUCUGCACCUCUGUCUGUUCAGUGAGCAGCCAGUUCCAGAGGUGUUCCUCCCAUCAGACUGCGACUCAUGCCGCACACUGGCUGCGCUGAGCCGACUACACCAGGGCCUCAAUGCCACUGAAGCUCAGACUUAUGCUUUCCUGGAGUCUGUGUGCGACAUUCACCCUACCGCCAUCCCAAAGUGUGAAGCCUUCACCAGUAUCUACGGCUCACGGCUGCAGAAGGUCUUGGGAAACCAGAUGGGAUAUCCUCAUGCAUGUGAAAGAGCUGAUCUGUGUGUGGCCUCGAAGCAGCUGGAACCGCUGGGAAAGAAUCGUUGUACCUGGGGACCAAGCUACUGGUGCAAAGAUGCUGAAACUGCUCAGGAGUGUGGUAAUCAAGCCUACUGUGAGAAAUACAUGUGGAAGAAGAAUGAGUGAAGCCUGCCAGACUGACUGCAGCCUUGUGCACACAAUGAUCUACUUUUUAUUAAACUGAUCAACUGUUAAAU